UGAUCCAAUCAGUUAUAACAGACAAUAAACUGAACAUUCCCUCCAAAAUUCAAACAUGACUUCCAAAUCACCAUCAUCACCACCAUCUCCUCCACCAUCCACCACCGCCGGAGCUACAGCUACUACCACCGGACCGAAUACCGCAUUCCCACCUUCCUCCUACGACCAUAUCCCCACCGGCUCCUCCUCCACCGAUCUCUUCCCUUCUUCCGAAAUAAGUAUUUCCGAUUCUUUACAAUCUUUUAGCGAUUCUUUCGCAUUCGACUUCGCCUUCGAUGACCACGAUUGGGAUUGGAAACCCGACAAUCAAAAUCCAGAACCGUACAUAGAGUAUUACACCCAGCUUUCCCCAUUUGAAGACAUCAAAGACACCAAUUGGGAAUGUGAACCAAACGAUCAAAUUCAACAACAGCAGGAUUCCACAGGCACCCAAUCAAUUCCGUCAACUGAAAACAUUCAACAACCCGAAUCCGAAAACCGUGGAAAGAUGGUGGAAACAGGGCCUCCAGUUCAGAACUCAGGUGAUGUUAACAUCGGCAAUCGCGAAUUGAAGAUUGAUGAUGAUGAUGGGUAUAAGUGGAAGAAAUAUACCCACAAAGAAGUGAGUUCUGGUCAUAAAAGAAUUCAUUACAAGUGCCAGUUUCCAUUAUGUUUGAUCAAGAAGAAGGUGGAAACAUCUUCUGAUGGUUAUAUUACACGGAUCACUUAUCACGGUGAACAUAAUCAUACAAAACCACGAUCUACUAUACGAUCGCCUUCUUCUUCGGCUUCGGAUCAGCAACUUAAUGUUUUCCAAGGUCCAUCUAGUGGUUCUGGGCAAGUUGUGACUCAAGAAAAUCCGAUUCGGGUCAGUGGUGAUGAGUUUGAUCCGAUUUCGGUUAUUGCAGAUGAGUCUCGGAGUAAUAAAAGACGGAAGAUUGAGAGUGAACAAAAUUAUGUAAAUGACAUAAUUAGCAUUCAGAUUGAAAGUGAUAUUGACAUACUUGAUGAUGGAUACAAAUGGAAAAAGUAUUGUACAAAAUAUGUCAAAGGGAAUCCUAAUCCAAGGAUAUACUUUAGGUGCACCACCCCUGAUUGUCCAGUGAAAAAGCGAGUGGAGCGUGCACCCAAUGAUAUAAAGUCUGUGAUAACAACCUAUGAACGGAAGCAUAACCAUCCUGUGCCGGUGGCUGGUAGUGGUCAAGAUCGCGGUCGGUCAUCAUCGCAACCCGCCAACUAGCAAUGAACCCAGAGAUUAGCAACUUUUGUAAUCCUUGCUGUGCUAAAGUUGUUAGAUGCUGUGUUUGAAGUCUGAGGGGUUAAUUGUACUUUACUCAUAGUAGGAGGGCUGUAGUUGUCAAUAAUGAAAAGUUAGUUUGUUAAUUGUUAGUUAGCAUUUAGCAAGGGAGUAUGAGAACAGUUGUAUAGUUCAUGGUAGGUUAAGUGUUCUGUUUUCAAUUCAAUUUGUAACCAAUGAAAUGUGAUAUCAAUAAGACAACCGUCGUGUGUGAUUCUUGUCCA